UCAGACGUAACUAAACAAUUGAUGAUGAUGCAAAAUACUGCGAUAUAUUGAUAAAUUAUACGCCUUUGGUCCCCAGAAAAAAACAUCGCAUUUAGAAUAAAUCUGGAUAUAAAAAGGAUCGAGAUCAGUUGAUUAAUUAAGUAGCGGACGAAAUUCUUCUUAUUUUUUAUGCCAGGCCUAAGUACUCGCUCACAGAGAAAUGUUUGUCAAUGACAGACGCUAGCAAACGUUAGGUAAAGUCAUGGCUUUGGUCAAACAAAGUUAUUUUAUUGCGGGUCGUUUCUCCAGCAACCACCGGUGGUUGAAUCCCAAAUGCAACACACAUGUGUACGCCGUCAGCGGACUGACCACAGCGGCCAGGUCAUCCCAGACACAGAAGGACCGCAAGAAGGAGCUGUCCGAUGACGGGCCCGACCUCCAGGACUUUAUAUCCGGGGAGCUGUCUGAGAAGAACAGCUGGGAGGAGUACAGGGGUAACCUGAAGAGACAGAAGGGAGAGAGGCUGAGACUUCCCCCUUGGCUGAAGACGGAGAUUCCUAUUGGCAAGAACUACAACAAGCUGAAGGACACACUGAGAGACCUCAACCUACACACGGUGUGCGAGGAGGCCAGGUGUCCUAACAUUGGGGAGUGUUGGGGAGGAGGGGAACAUGGUACGGCCACAGCCACCAUCAUGUUGAUGGGGGACACAUGUACCCGUGGCUGUAGGUUCUGCUCUGUGAAGACUGCUCGUCAGCCCUCUCCCCUGGACCCAGAUGAGCCCUAUAACACAGCCAAGGCCAUCGCUGCCUGGGGCCUGGACUAUGUGGUGCUGACCUCUGUAGACAGAGACGAUAUUGCCGACGGAGGGGCGGAGCACUUUGCCAAGACGGUCUCCAACCUGAAGGAGAGGAACUCUCAGAUCCUUGUGGAAUGUCUGACCCCUGAUUUCCGAGGCGACCUGGCAGCGGUGGAGAAGAUCGCCCAAUCAGGGCUUGACGUUUACGCCCACAAUGUGGAGACAGUCCGCGAGCUGCAGAGACAUGUACGUGAUCCGCGGGCGAACAUCGACCAAUCCCUGAAUGUCCUGCGUCACGCCAAGGCCGUCAAACCAGACAUUCUCACCAAGACCUCGAUCAUGUUGGGUCUGGGAGAGACGGACCAACAGAUUUAUAACACACUGACCGAGCUGAGAGAGGCAGGAGUUGAUUGUCUAACACUGGGACAGUACAUGCAGCCCACCAAACGCCACCUCAAGGUGGAAGAGUAUGUAACCCCUGAGAGGUUUGGUCACUGGGAGGAGGUGGGGAAGGAGUUGGGAUUCGUCUACACAGCUAGCGGACCCUUAGUACGCUCCUCAUACAAAGCAGGUGAGACACACACACUACAAAUUAGAGUUGAUUCAUUCACCCCCUCAUAAAUAUGAACUCAGUCC